AUGGCUUCGCCGUUUCCAUCAAGGGAAAGAAGGGUUGCCAGGGAUGAAGAUACCCUUGGGGGUGUGCGUGUCGCCGAGGAAGUAGAAAUGUACGAUGGAGCAGACCAUGGAGUUGGAUCGGUUGAGGGCGAAGGCUUUGCAGGGAUGGAGUCGGACGAGUACGAUUUACAGGAAGAUGGACAGAACACGACCAUCAUGCAGAGGGCGAUGUCGACAAUGGGGAUGCGGUUGAAUUGGAAGACAAUUUGGCCGGUGUCAGAGGAAUGUUCGAUUGAUUUUUUGAACUUGAGCGAGGAGGAGGUUCUCCGCUUUAAUUUCGCAGCUAUUGACAUUGCAUUUGAGUUCUACCAGCAAUAUGCAAAGCACCAUGGCUUCGGCGCGAGACGUUCCAAAAGCGAAAAACGUGGCGAAGUAAGGAUACGGCAAGAGUUCGUGUGCCACCGACAAGGGUACCGAUCCCCGAAGUUCUACUCAAUGCCUAACCGGCAAAGACCGAGGGCCGAUACACGGUGUGGAUGCCCUGCAAGGAUGCUACUUUGCAGGGACGAUGAAUCAGGACGUUGGAACGUUGCGUACUUUUUCAGAUGUGCAUAA